GCCGCACGGUGGUACUUUCGGCUGCGUACACUUCAUGGCCUUCAAGUUGAGCUCAAUAACAGUACAGGCGCCAUCCGCAGCAUCCCCUGAAGCCCCCAUUCCAGCAGACGAAGAGUACUAUUCGUCAUGGUCUCUGUUUCUUGUUUGCUUGCUACUCAUCGUCUCGUUAUGGACAUCUUAUUACCUGCAAAUCAGGAAAAUCCGGGCCAUUCAUGAGACCACCGUCUCUAUCUUUGCAGGGAUGUUUGUAGGGUUGGUGGUUAGACUUGCACCAGGAACGAUGAUUCGAGAAAUGCUGCUCAAGCAAGAGAAUUUUUUCCGAAAUUUCGCCUCCAUCCUUACUUUUGCAUUUUUGGGCACAUUAAUAUCAGCUGUCGGUGUCGGUGUGCUGGUGUAUCUCUACUCAUUCCUGGGACUAGAAUCUUUAGAUGUUACACUGCUGGAGUGCUUGAUCUACGGCUCCACACUAUCUGCAACUGAUCCAGUGACCGUUCUUGCCAUAUUCAAUCAGUAUAAGGUGGACCCAAAGCUCUACACCAUCAUCUUUGGCGAGAGUCUGCUAAAUGAUGCGGUCAGUAUUGUCAUGUAUGAAACUCUCGCGCAAUUCCACGGCACAGAGAUAUACAUCUCGUCCAUAUUCCAUGGCAUUGGAAUUUUCUUGCUUUCAUUCAGCGUAUCCAUGGCCCUUGGCGUUAGUUUCGGCCUGGCAAUGUCCCUGACCCUGAAACACUCGUCAAUGAGUCUGUAUCCUUCCAUCGAAUCUUGUCUCGUUGCCCUGUGCGCAUAUACCUGCUAUUUCUUGUCUAAUGGCCUGUCAAUGUCUGGCAUCCGAACAACAAAAUACAUCUUCUCGACUCUCGCUCAACUCUCCGAGAACUUCAUUUUUAUCUACCUCGGUCUCUCACUUUUCACAAGUCCUCCAUCAUCUGAGCGCGUUACCAACUAUGUCAAGCCUCUCUUCAUUGUGGUCACGACGGUUGCAGUCGUGUUCACCCGAUACGCAGCUGUCUUCCCACUAUCUGAAGCAAUCAACUUCUUCACUCGACAUGCUCGGGGACAGCGAACAGAGGAGAUUCCACACUCUUACCAGAUGAUGUUGUUCUGGGCUGGCUUGCGAGGUGCAGUGGGUGUGGCACUCGCGGCUGGGUUCAAGGGCGAGAAUGCGCAGACACUGCGGACGACUGUCCUUGUUGUAGUGGUGCUUACUGUUUUCGUUUUCGGGGGUACAACUGCACGCAUGCUAGAGAUCCUUGGUAUUCGCACAGGCGUUGAAGACGAAGCUGCUAGCAGCAGCGACGAAGAUGCACCUCCAGGACGCAACGCAUGGCAGAAUCGCCGCCAUAGUGGUUCAUGGAACAGGUACACCGAUGAUUCUGAGCCCUUACCAUAUUUUUCGCCAUCGCAACAUGGAUAUGGGCGGGCUGCAGGCAGAGUAGGGUCACACUAUGCAUCACGAGCUUAUAAUCACCACUCGGGAGCACCACCAUCACCGAUCGGUAAUACUAUGUUUUCUGCAGCAUCAUCGGAGUCCUUUGAGUCAGAAGCGGAAGUACUUCCCAUGGCCACGACCUCAACGGAUGCCGGUCCGUCUGCGGAAAGACAUGAUGACAGACAGGUCAACGAGGAUGGCAAAUGGUUCCAGGCGUUAGAUGAGAGAUAUCUUCUUCCUUUGUUCUCGAAUGCCACUGCUAGCCGCACGUUCCACGCCAGACGUGCGCGGAGGAAUAUCUCUAUAUCCGGUCAACCCGCAGGUGCGAAUCUAAGCGCACUGGGUACGCCGCAGGACAGUGAAGACGAGGCUGAGAGCCCAGAAGUGGAGCUUGGAGUAGUGGGUACGAUAACGCCUGGCAGGCAGUUUUCACAAUCUCCAGAUGAGCAAAUGCGUUCUGAGAGGGGACUCGCCACGCCCGUCUUGCGGAACGGAAACGGUAGAGAUGAAGGACAGAGUCGAGCGGGUUCGUAAAGACAUUUGUCUUAGUCGUUUCAUGGUAUUAUGUACCUCGUUAGAGUAUUUUUGCUAAGUGAUCUACCAAGGAUUUACUCAAUUGAGAGUCGUUGAUUUUCCACUAGA